CAGGAAAACAAAACUUUCCCGCCGCCGGCCGGCGCCACCAUUAAACAACCGCAGAAAGGUGAGGAGGACCGUGCCGGAAGAGAUCGAGAGCAAAAAAUCAGACCAUAUUUUCCCCCGUGAGGCAUGAAUCCAGUGUCCCAAGCUCCCAACGAAACAAACAAGGACCAAUCCGUCCAGGAAUCGAUGGAGCCCGUUCCGCUCGAGUCGCCUACCAGGGGCGCGGCGGCGCCGCAGUCCUCAUCCUCGUCGCUGAUCUUCCUCGGCACGGGCUGCUCCGGUGCGCUGCCCGACACACGGUGCCUCCUCAAGCCGUCGACGCCGCCCUGCGACGUCUGUUCCAUGGGCGUCUCCCUCCCUCCGGAGCGGAACCCCAACUACAGGCUGAACACCUCCCUCUUGAUAGACUAUUGCCAUGACGAAACCCACAAGUACAUCCUAAUCGACAUUGGCAAGACCUUCAGAGAACAAGUUCUCCGGUGGUUUGUCCACCACAAAGUUCCUUCCGUUGAUUCAAUCAUUCUGACUCAUGAGCACGCAGAUGCUGUCUUAGGCCUUGAUGAAGUCUGGGUGGUACAACCAAGGAAUGGAAGAAAUGACAUUGAACAAAUUCCUAUUUUUCUCACACAAUUCACCAUGGACAGUAUCUCGAGAAGAUUCCCCUACUUGAUUGAGCAAAAGCCAGAGGAUGGCGAUGAAGAUGCCCAAGCAGCGAAAAUUGACUGGAAGAUAAUUGAGGAUGAUGUCGACAAACCGUUUGUAGCAUCAGGGCUAGAGUUUAUGCCAUUGCCGGUAAUGCACGGAGAGGGGUAUCUUUGCUUAGGCUUUUUAUUUGGGAGGAGAUCCAGAGUUGCAUAUUUAUCUGAUGUUUCAAGAUUUCUACCUAAAACUGAGCAUGUUAUUUCAAAGUCUGGUGCUGGACAACUUGACCUUCUUAUACUAGAAGCAAACGCUUUGCAUGGAGUGGGAGAUUCUUUCAGCACCCAUUUAACUCUGAGUGAGAGUCUUGAUGCUAUCAAGAGAAUCCGUCCUAAACGAGCUCUGUUGAUUGGAAUGAGACACUUUUUUGAGCAUCAGAGAGAAAACCAGAUGUUGGCGGAAUGGUCUAUCAGAGAAGGAAUACCCGUACAGCUAGCUCAUGACGGCCUACGCAUCUUCAUUGACUUGUAAUGCAGUUUGUUCCGUCUGUCCGUUGCUCAUUUCAAACGGGAACAAAGUUCAGACCGGAUUGUGCAACCGUUCGGCGAUUACUUUAUUUGUCUAUAAUUUUUCUAUGGAAAAGGUAUUUUUUAUUAUUACCCAGGGAAAAAAGUGUUGCACUCACCAUGCUGUUAAAUGUCUAGUCAUCUUCGCUAGUUGUACAAGCUCCAAUGUUUAUAUAACCACUAAACAGGCUGCUAAAUGCCGGUGAGUUGAUUGUUUAGGAGCACUUAAGCUUUUAUGCCCAGUAGCAAGGUGGCUAAUUCUAUGUAAUGUAAUGGGAAAUUUCAUUCAUCUCUUACUUUGAUGUCAAUGUUUGAAUGUAAUAUAAUUAUGAACUUUUUCUAAUAUAAUAAUAUAUACUAUGAACUUAUA